GAACAUGGAGACUAAAACGAGCCUUUCGUUUCUAAUUAUUGUUGUUUUCUCUGCUACUUCAGCACAAAUCUUCCAAAGUGGCAUUUCCAAUCCCAACACUGGUUUGCCAUAUACAGAUAAUACAGCAUUGGUUAAUACAGGAACCGCAUUACCAACUAGCGGAUCAACAUUCACUGGUUUAGGUGGAACCGGUUCGCAGACUACCAGAACCGACAUUACUGAAACUGGAAUACCGAAUGCCAGUCCUACAGUAGCCAGUUUUCAAAAUAUCGAUAACUCUGGAACAGGAUUACAAACUUCCGGUUUCACCAAUACUGGACAACCUACUACUGGCAUGUUAUCGUCAGGUUUUCAUAAUUCGGGGCCCACUGGAAUUGACACACCAAGUACAGGCCAAAGUAUUACAGGUUUAACAAAUAUAGAUUUUACUGGAACCGGAAUGACAAAUACGGGUCUAACUGGAACCGAAAUGACAAAUACAGGCUUAACUGGAACCGGAAUGACAAAUACAGGUGUAAAUGGAAUGACCAACACAGGUUUAAAUGGAAUGACAAAUACAGAUUUAAAUGGCAUGACCAACACAGGUUUAAAUGGAAUGACAAAUACAGAUUUAACUGGCUUCGGAAUGACAAAUACAGGUUUAAAUGGAAUGACAAACACGGGUUUAAAUGGAAUGACAAACACGGGUUUAAAUGGAAUGACCAACACAGGUUUAAAUGGAAUGACAAAUACAGAUUUAACUGGCUUCGGAAUGACAAAUACGGGUUUAAAUGGAAUGACAAACACGGGUUUAACUGGCACCGGAAUGACCAACACAGGUCUGAAUGGAAUGACAAAUACGGGUGUAAAUGGAAUGACAAAUACUGGUUUAAAUGGAAUGACAAACACAGGUUUAAAUGGGAUGACCAACACAGGUUUAAAUGGAAUGACUGGUCCAACUGGAACUGGGUUCUCUAACACAGGACUACAAUAUAAUGGCUUUUCCGGGACAGGGCUUCAGAACACUGGAACGACUGGACCAACAACCGAUACCGGUUUAACAGGUCAGAUGCCGGGUACCAUAUUUCCUUUGACCAGUGGUCCUAACGGCUUAGCAACGCAAUCUGCCUUGGGGCCAACUGCCAUGGCACCAGCAAGAAGCGGAGGGUAUGGUCAACAAAAUUAUGGAACGGGAAGUUUACGUGGUAUGACCAACGGCAUGAAUGUGAACCCCGCGGUAUUAGCUAAUGUCAUCAACUCCUUAUAUGGUAGUAACACUAGAAGAAUGGGUGGAUCGUAG